CUGCACAGUGCACAUAGUGGAAGAACUACUGCAGCAAUCAAUAGUCCACUGUUCAUGUGCUCAGGGCUGCAUCGUAACCAUAAAAAAGAAGGAACUAAAUCCCUUUCACAACUUUUUGAAGGUUUUUGCAGGUAGUUUUUUAGUUAAUGACAGACAGCCGAGCCGACCCGUCGGGUUAAAAAUAAAACUAUGAGGUCAGUUUGUUGCGCGCCUUCAAGCUGAGGACUUUCUGUAAGCAAGCAGGUGGACAGCUCACUCUUUGUGAAGUUUCCAGUAGAGUCUCCUAAAGUCCAAUCUAGUGGAGGAGGUGGCAGGAUUGCUCUGUUAGCCGACAUCCAGAAGGGAGCCAGGCUCAAGAAAGUUACGCAGGUCAAUGACCGGAGUGCCCCAGUCGUGGACAGUAAGAGAAACAACUUUGCACCAGCGCAAACAUGCUGACUUGUUUAAUAUGCUUUUUGACUGAUGGAAAUGACUUCAUGUUCAUCGUUAAGGCUUUAGUUGUGUAGUUCAUAAGCUGCCCGUGUAGUUCUGUGGCCAUACUUGCGUAUAGACACGCACAUGCACACCCAAGUGUACACUUCAGGAAGGAAUGUCAUAAGAGUGUAGAUAAGGAUGCAGACGGAAUGGGAAAUUACUAUCUAAAGCUGCUAAGACAAAGCAGACUCAUGUUGCAUUAAGUUUUAUUCAUAUGUAAUAUAUUACUUAUCUAAUAUGCUUUUUGACACACAUCAUGGUAAAUGUUUUUUCCUCUUGACCACAUAAAAAAAAAAACUGCACACGUUUCUGCACUGAAUUGCAUAUUCAGUCAUGCAUAUUUUGUAAAUUGGUACCACUACUUGGUAAAAACUGGUUCCAGAGUGCCAGACAUGCGUAUAGUCUAUAGAGCUUCAGAGCAGUAGUCAAGUCAUGUUUAUUUAAUCACUUACGAGAUUCAAAGGGCUUCACAGGCCCACAGAACUCCAAGAAAGCCUAUGUAAGGGGAAAAAAGGAAGAAAUCUUGAGAAAAGAUCACAGAUGGAGGGAUCCCCCUUCCAGGAUGACCAGGCUGCAAUGGAUGUCGAGUGGGCAACAUUUGUCACAUGAUAUGAUUCUAUGCCAUGUAAUAUUUUAUGUGUAAGUAACAAAACUAUAAAUUCACAUCGCAGGUGGACUGGGAGCCAGUGCGAGUUGGCCAGUAUAGGGAUAAUAUGAUCAAACAUUCAUACUAGUGAUUGAAUACACUCACUAUAAAUGUAGGUGUGGUUGCACAAUCAAAUGACAUCCAAGACAAGAGCUGUAUUGAAAGAAAAAUGCUGUCGAUUAAGACUUGGACUAACAAUGCCUAUUUUAAUUGUUUUUAUCAUCUUAGAAUGCGUGUUGCAUGCAUGUUGUUCCUAGAGCCCAAAGCUACAAGCGGAGACGUGUCCAACAAUGUUGGUGCUGCUCAGGGUUCAUUUGGAGGCACAGCACCCGUUGGGCCAUCCUUAGGUGGGCUUUUUGCGGGGGGGUUUCCAAGCCUAAGGCCGAUAGGGCAACGAGACUCAGCAGGCAAGACGCCAGUGUCCCGCUCGAGCUCCUCAGCUUCCCUCAAGCCGCUGUGGAACACGCCCACUUUGGCCGACUUGAUCGGCCCCCUCGCAGAGGUCGGCCACCGUCCGCUCUCCUCCUCCUCGGCGCCACCCUCCCCGACUCACGCCAGCAAGCAUCUUGGUCCUCUCCCCUUGGACGCGCCCCCUCUGCCGACAACACCCGCACCUCCCUCUGCACUUCCUCCUCCACCACCCCUAGCCCAAGCCUUCCACGACCGCCCUUCCAACAAGCCUCCGCCUCUGCCCUCCUGCCCACCCCCUCUGCCCCCAUCUCAGAUCACAAAGCCCACCUGGCUCCCCAUCCAACACCACCAGAACGCCACCAACGUCCAACUCUCGACGCCUCCCCCUCCUCCACCUUACAACCCUCCCUCUCUCCCUGGGGACCGCUCCUCUUGGGCCUUCUACCCUCUACCGCCCUCUGUUUUCCACUCUGAACCUGCAAGGUUUCCCAUUCUGCGUGACUAUAGCCCUCUAGGACCCCCACCCCCUCCUCCCCCUCUCCCAAGUUCAUACACCCCGAGCUGCCCAUCCAGUCUCCCGCCGCCCCCGCCCAGAAUUCCUGCAGUGCCUUCGCCGACCUUACGUUUUCUCCCGCCUUCGUACCCCUGCAACGCUCCAACCAGACGGCCACCUGCCGUGCCUAGAAGUGCAGGUGCCAGUCGUCUGGCUCCUCCUCCAGCUCCUCCGGCACGUUCACCCUCCACUGAGCUGUCCAGCCGAAUUCCUCCCCCUCCGCCGCCGCCUCCCCUGCCCCCUUCCAGUGUCAGGAAUGGACACCUGCACAGUCUGGAUGACUUUGAAUCCAAAUUCCAGUUCCACCCUAUUGAAGAUUUACCUCCUCCAGAUGAAUUUAAGCCUUUCCCUCGCAUCUACCCAAGCAAAGAAAACAGAGUAAACCCUGCCCCCCAUGGGAUAAGGUCACACCUCAGAUGAGCUUCAUCCCACACAAUUCCUGGAUACAAAGGUUAGGAAACCCUUGACAAUUACACAAGAGCCAAGGACUUUCAGUUUGGAGGCAGGCAUUGUGUUUGUGUGUAAAAUGUACCUCGUACUACAGUGUGUGGCCUCUGACCUUUUCUGGACUGGAAUGUUUUGAAUGCGAGUGAGAGGAGGGCUCUCCCUACUCAUCGUCAUACACACAGUCUCUGGUGACUGCCUUUCAGGGGCUAUUCUGGACAUUGUUUCUUUGAAACAGUUUGAGCAUUUCAUCAUGUGCACAGGAAAUGAGUGAGAAUGAGACUGAUCUGCACAGUGGCAAAAAUCUGCAGACAUUUUAAACUGAUUAUAGCUGAUAAAGACAUACACUAUGUGAUUGUUUACUCGAAACUAUUUUAAUAAUGUCAUUCUUCAAUUUUAACACAACCAAGUCUCCAUGAUUUUGGAUUCUUGUUGUGGUCAAUACUGUUGUAUGAGAGGCGUUUCUAACAUAUUUGUGUAUAUAUAUAUAUAUAUAUAUAUAUAAUAGAAGUACCUUUAAUUGUAGAAUGUGGACUAUAAUUGGACUUCUACUGUGACUUUAUUUACUUGAUAAGGAUUCCUCUUUCAAAUGUACUAACCAGACCUGUGACAACAGUACCACCUCUUGGCCAUCAGGUGGUACUGUAAAUCACGUGAUGAAAUAACACUUUUAUUUAUGUUUUUUUAUUUUUUAGGUCACUUUAUUGAUCGCACUGAUUGAAAUAGACAAUGUGCAAGUGACCUUACAACAACUUAUUUUCUUUAUAUAAAAUAAAAAUGCAAAUAACAGA